AUGGCGAAUGACGAAAAUCGAAAUGGUUCGUUUGAGGAUAAUGACAGGCGUAAGAGUGGACGAAAGGAGCAGGGAAUACAGUCAGAGCCUAAAAAGAAAAAGUAUUACGCGGAGCCUGAGAAGGUGGACACAGGAGUGCAAGUGAAUGAAUCGAUUGAUCAGUUUAAAGUAAGAUAUCUCGACGACGAUGAAGAAAGUUCGCAUAUCUCGACGUGGGAAAGGCCAAGAUCGGAAACUUCAUUACCGCGAAGAUCCUGGGAGACGGAGGACUAUUUAGAUUUCGAUGACCUGCUGCCGUUGAUCGGCCAAUUCGGCCGAUACCAGUGGACGCUGUUCCUGUUCAUGAUCCCCUUCUGCUUCAUCACCGCCUUUGUGUAUCUGGGCCAGAUAUUCAUAUCCCUAACUCCACACAAAUACUACUGUUUGGUGCCCGAACUCGAGAACAAUCCGAGUGUAGAGCAGCGCAAGCAGUUGUCCAUUCCGCGGGAGAAGGAUGGCUCCUACAGUCGCUGCCGGAUGUACGACACCAACUACACAAGGAUCCACUUUGCGGAGGAUCAGAGCGUCUAUAUCAACACCUCGCUGCCCACGAUUCCCUGCCAGAAGGGCUAUGUCUUCGAGCAGGACGGCAGGUCCUUCGAAUCGGCCACCAUGGAGUUCGGCUGGCUGUGCGAGAACGACAAGUACUCCACCUACGCCCAGGUCAUCUUCUUCCUCGGCUCGAUUCUGGGCGGUCUGUGCUACGGACACUUUGCAGAUCACUGUGGUCGGGUGGCCGCCUUGGUCAGCAGCUGCUUCCUCGCCCUGGUCGGCAGUCUGGCCACUUCGCUGUCCACGAACUUCUUCGCCUUUGCCAUUUCGAGAUUCAUAGUUGGGGCCUCUUACGACACCUGCUUUACGAUGGUGUAUAUUUUGGUUCUCGAGUAUGUGGGUCCCAAGUACCGCACCCUGGUGGCCAACUUGUCGCUGGCCCUGUUCUAUUGCCCAUUCACGAUGCUGAUGCCCUGGAUAGCCCUUGCGGCAGGAAACUGGAGGAGGUUCUCCGCAUUGGCAUCCCUGCCCAUUAUUCUCUCAAUGCUUUCCUUCUUUGUGCUGCCCGAAUCUGCACGCUGGCUGGUGUCGGUUGGUGAAAUCGACAAUGCGAUGGAGAUAUUGAGACGGAUGAUCUUUGUGAAUAAGAAGUUUGUGUCGCACCAAGUAUUAGCCAUUUUCGAGACGAGCUGCACUCAGUUCUACAAGGAGGAGCUCUACGGGCGCGACUUUACAGUGUGUUCGAUAUUCAAGCGGAGGCGAAUGGCGCGCUAUAUGAUCCUGCUGAUCCUGAUUUGGAUGGCCAUGUCCCUGGUCUACGACGGACAUGUGCGGGCGGCUAGUGUCCUGGAUACUGAGGAUAUCUUUGUGUUCUUCACCAUCGCCUGUGCCACUGAGUUGCCGGGCAAUAUCCUGGUCAUUCUCACCUUGGAUCGCUGUGGACGUCGCUGGUGCUCCUUUGCCUACACCUCGUUAAGUGGAGUCUUCAGCUUGGUGGGCGCGUGGUUGAAGAGUCCCAUGCAUAUGAGGAUAUCAGCGCUGGCCGGGAGAUUCUUCGCCAACAUGUGCUAUAACAUCGGGCUGCAGUGGGCAGCUGAGAUCCUGCCCACGGUGGUGAGGGCUCAAGGGGUGGCCUUUAUCCACACAAUGGGCUUUGUCGCGAUGCUGAUGUCCCCGCCGGUGGUUUACCUCGCCCAAGUGUCCUUCUCCCUAAUGCUAAUCGUUUUGGGAGCCCUGGGAAUUUUCGGCGGACUUUUGGCCCUCUUUUUGCCCGAAACUCUAAACCACGAUCUUCCGCAAACCCUCAGCGAUGGAGCGGAAUUCGGAAAGAAGCAGAGGAUAUGGCAUAUGCCCUGCUGUGGCCCCGGAUCAAGGAAAUCCCAUCCCCGGCACACGUGGCACCAGGGCUCCAGCUUGAGGACCUUGUCGAAGGAGGAGUUCCGCUCCAGCCGGAUGUAUCGCAAGUCGAAAUAUGCGCCCCAGGAUCCUAGUCCAUCGCCCAGCGAUUAUAAGGACAUCGAGGAGAGGGAAAUUCAUACGCAUAAAUACGGAAACAGAUGAGAAUAUAAGGUCUGAUUUCUAAGAAACUUGCUAAGCGGGAGUUUUCUUGAGAACAUUUUU